ACAGCUAAAGCGUUCUAGCGCAGUGCUGCUCAGCUGACACCUGCUAACGUUAGCCACACGGUGCUAGCAUCACAGCGACAGUCUCUAACCGAUUAAAACACACCGCCGUACUUAAUUUGGUCUCCAACAUCACGGGCGCAGCCGGUGGCGGUUUGUAAAUACACACAUAGCCGGGCAUGGCGGGUACGUUUACCAGUGUUGGCAGCUCCUCGCUUUUUGUAGCUAGCUAGCCAGCUAGCUAGCUAGCUGGCUAGCUACAGCUGGUUAGCCCCCAGGCUCGCCCAGGGACGUUCCACCGGCUCCUCAACGCCUCACAUCCAGCCAUGGGAAUACUUUUCACCAAGCUAUGGAGGCUUUUCAAUCACCAAGAGCACAAAGUCAUCAUUGUGGGUCUGGACAAUGCAGGCAAGACCACAAUUCUUUACCAGUUUUCAAUGAACGAGGUGGUCCACACCUCGCCCACCAUCGGGAGCAACGUGGAGGAGAUUGUGGUCAACAACACGCACUUCCUGAUGUGGGACAUCGGGGGCCAGGAGUCGCUGCGGUCCUCAUGGAACACGUACUACACCAACACAGAGUUUGUCAUCGUGGUGGUGGACAGCACAGACAGAGAGAGAAUCUCCGUCACCAAAGAGGAGCUCUACAGGAUGCUGGCACAUGAAGACCUGAGGAAGGCGGGCCUUCUCAUUUUCGCCAACAAGCAGGACGUGAAAGGCUGUAUGUCGGUGGCCGAGAUCUCCCAGAGCCUGCAGCUGACCUCCGUCAAAGACCACCAGUGGCACAUCCAGGCCUGCUGCGCCCUCACCGGCGAGGGUUUGUGUCAGGGUCUGGAGUGGAUGAUGUCACGGCUGCGUGUCAGAUGAUGACCUGCGUGGUCCUUGCUCCCGGUGCCCCUUCAGAGACAUGAUGAUGAUGAUGAUGAUGAUGAGGAGGACUUGCAGUUAGGUGGUGGUGGUUGUUGUUGUUUUUUUUUUAAAAGGACGACCCCUCUAUCCUGUGAGGCCAGGACCCCAGGACCCUUCUUUGUCUCCUGUGAUAAUUUAUUGGACAAAGAACUUGAACCACAACUGUGACCUUCAUGACGAUGUCACAUUAUUUAACAAGAACAUUUUGCACGCUUUUCCUUUCAACAAGAAGACGUAGGUCCUGAUGUGCCCUUCAACCCCCUCCCCCCCGUGGCCUUGCAGUAUUACCGCAGCGGCUGCAGAUGAUGAUGAUGAUGAUGAUGUGCGUGCGGUCCAGUAUUGUUUGAACUUGGUGCCUGCAGCAGCGUGGCGUCAAGACGCUUGGUGGAGGCUGAAACCUAAGACAGGGGGCUGUGGUGUUUGGGUGGAAUCACUGUGUGCCCCCUUUGUUUCAGCCCCUGUACAUAACCAAUUAAACACUUUUUAUCUGA